AUGUCGUUUAAUGCCUUUGCCAGCUCUUUGAGCAAGAAACUACAGGAAAUCUCCACGAGUGUUUCCGAAAGAACCCAGGAACUGCCCAACUUUGCGCAAUCCACGCAAAGAAUGGUCCAGGAGCGUUUGGGCCAGGUGACAGACAUCUCUCAAUUGCCAAGAGAGUACACGGAGUUAGAGGACAAGGUCGACACCAUCAAGUUGAUUUACAACCACUUCUUGGGCGUGACCGCUAUCUACGAAAACGGAUCGUACGAUUACCCUAAAUACAUCAACGAAUCCGUCAACGAGUUUUCCAGAAGUGUUGCCUCCAAGCUGACUGAAUUGACUCAUGCCACGUCUGCGUCCGAGGCACAAAACAUUUUGGUUGCUCCUGGCCCCAUCAAGGAGCCCAAGACGCUAAACUAUGCCCUUAGUAAAGUGUCUUUGAACUCCAGCGAGUGCUUGAACAAGAUGUUCCCUGCUGAGGAACAACCCUUGGCUUCUGCUCUCUUGCAAUUCAGUGACGUGCAGGCCAAAAUUGCUCAAACCAGAAUUCAACAAGACACUUUGAUUCAAACUAAGUUCAAUAAGAAGUUGAGAGAAAGGCUGUCUUUUGAAAUCGGUAAAGCCGAUAAGUGCCGUAAGGACGUUCACUCCAUGAGGUUGAGAUAUGAUGUAGCAAGAACCAACCUGGCCAACAACAAGAAACCGGAAAAGGAAGCCUCUUUGAGAGUCCAAAUGGAGACUCUGGAAGACAAGUUUGCCCAGGUCACGGAAGACGCUACGGUGUGCUUGCAAGAAGUUAUUUCUCACGCAAACUUCAGCGAAGAUUUGAAGGAAUUGGCCAGGGCUCAAGCUGAGUAUUUCGAAACUUCUGCGGGCUUGAUGAAAGAGUUCUUGUCCAACUCGUUUGCCCAAGAACCUGAAUCAAAGCCUCAAGCAGAAGAAGAAGAAGAAGAAGAAAAGCCACAUGUCGCUAUCUCUAUGAACGACGAAGACGAUGUUUAA